CUACUGUGUCAAAAACAAAACAUUCAACAAGUAGAAACGUUCGUUACACAGUGACACCGGCGAGAGCGCAUGUCCGGGUUAUAUUGUUGUACAUUUUGAAAGUUCGAAGUGUUUAUCUACCUUUUAAAACUUGUAAUGUCAAAAUAUAACUUAUACAUCAGUUAUGUUUUUAAAAAUAAUGUAAUUUUCUUCAGUGAAGUGAAGUGAUAGGUGGUUUUGUGAGAGCGUUACAGUUCCCGGGCAAUUCUUUGUGUUGUAAUAUUUUUAAAACAUACUUAGGCUAAUACUUUUUUUCGUCUCAUUAAUUAACAUAAAUUGUGUGAUGAGUGUAUUAUUCUUUUGAAACUAGAGUACUACCUGAUAAAUUAAGGUGAAUAAAGUUUCUUGUGUGUUUUAAUAGGGACGUGCAUUUCGUUUAGGUUAGAUCAUCAGAAGUAAUUUUCCUUUCAACAAAUUUAAUAACUUAUAUUACAAUAUGGGUGACACACCGGAACAAGAGAAGAAGCCGAUUGAGAAUGGUUUGUCAAACGAAAGUGAAGAUAGUGGAAAUACUAGUGAACAGGAACCUUGUUUGCCUACUGAUUUGAAGGGGAAAGAGAUGGACAUGACUGACACAUUAGAUAGUAAGCAUCUUGAUACAGAAAUGAUGAAGCCGAACAAGAAGAGGCACAAUGUGAAUAAAAAGUCUCAUGUUUCAGUGUGGGUUACAAUAAGCAAUUCUUUCUCUGCCUCAGUUAAAUACUUGAUGGAUAAAACUGGACUUUCAAAGAUAGGGGUCACUGUUGCUGUUGUUUUCCUACUUUUAUUUAUUGUUUGUUGUGUUACGCUUCUUGUCCUGGGUAUAUUAUGGCCUAAAAUACCACAUGAACUGAAAUUUCCGAUUUGCCGAAGAUCAGCCUGCCUACGUUCAUCAUCUGAGAUUCUGCCUAGGAUGGACCCAAACGUUUCAGCCUGUGACGACUUCCGAGAGUUUGCCUGUGGCCGGUGGCUCCAGAACCAUCCCCUACCAGCGGACAGGAGUGCGUGGAGUCUCAGGAGGCAUUUGGAGUUCAAGACGAGGGACCGGAUUCGGCAGCUGAUACAGACUCAACCACACCCCACUCAGAUCAGUUCCUUCGCAUGGAAGACCAAAUACUUCUACGAGUCCUGCAUGGCGAUGGACAACAUCGAAACUGCCAAAGAAGUCAUGCUCACCAGCCAUAUCAGCUCUUUAGGAGGUUGGAAUGUACUGAGAGAGUUCCAAGUGCACAGUUUUGACUUGAGACACACUUUCACACGCCUUCACUCAGAGUUUGGAGUGUCACUGUUCUUCAAGGUGGACGUGGUUCCGGAUCCUCGUAGCCCUCAAGACUAUGUGGUCCAGAUUGUUCCAGCUGAUUUGGGGCUUCCAGACAAAAGCUACUACUACAGAGCUCAUAACGCUAUGCCUGUGAUGACGUACAAGAGGUAUCUGAAGGACGUGGCCCAGCUGCUAGGAGCCACCAGCAGUGACGCAGCCACCUUCAGCGAGGACAUGUUCAACUUUGAGAGGAGACUGGUGGAGGUCACACCGGACACUAGGGAUCUGCAGCCUCUUCAGGCAGCCAACAAGAACACUGUGGGAGAGCUCAAGAACUGGGCACCUUCGAUUCCGCUGCAUGACGUGUUGUUGGCCAAGUACCCAGAAGCUAACAUUGAUGACACAACAGAGAUCCUGAUACCGUUCCCCAACUACCUCCAGAACAUCUCCAAUCUUAUCUCUACCACAGACAGGACAGCACUGAACAACUACAUGAUGUGGAGACUGACAGAUAGCUUCCUGCCGUAUCUCAGUGAGAAGUUCAGAGACACUGUGGCUGUGUACCGCAAAGACCUGCUAGGAGAGCAGCAACCCCUCCAAAGAUGGGAAAUGUGCAUCAAGACCAUGCAAAAAUUCAUGGGAUUCGGUUUGGCUGUGCUUCUCCAAAACCAUGCUGAGGACUUUGGCAGGGAUGUGAAAGUGGCUGACGAGAUAUUCAGUGAGAUAAUGCGAGAGGCUAAGCACUCGGUGGAGAGGGCGGGCUGGCUCCCUCAGGAGCUUCAGGAACAUAUCAUUGGGAAGCUGAUGUCAAUGGGACUAGAAGUGGGGUUUCCCACGGGAGGCACUCUGCUGUCUGACGAGAACCUGGAGGACACCUACCGUGAGAUGUUCAUCAUCAACCGGGACUUCUUCCAGAACAUAAAGUACGGCAUCAACUUCUUCCAGAAACAACAGCAGCUGCGGCUCAAAAAGUUUGAUGAGUUUUACAGGUGGAUUGAUGCAGCAUCAAAUUUUGACCUACGAGUGCACUAUGUUGCAGCAGCGAACAAAAUUGUCAUCCCACAGGCUCUGUUGCAAGAGCCGUACUUCCAUCCUGACUAUCCCUUGGCAGUAUUGUACGGAGGUCUCGGAGUGGAGAUCGCCUCCGCCAUGGUCCAGGCCGUCACCCCCUGGGACGUGUUGUAUGCGGAUGAUGGGACCCUGGUAGACAGUCAGCAUCCUGCAGUCAACCAGUCCAAGCUUGCGUUCCUGCACCCGGUCUCCUGCCUCAGGCACUGGUGGGGGAAAGAGGGGUUCGCUUCCCCCUUCGCCUCUGACACGACCACAUACAACACCCUGAUCAAACUGUCUGGUAUCAACAUCGCCCUUAGGACUCUUCAGAAUCAGCUGAAAUAUACACCUCACACCCACCAACCUGCGCUAGAGAACUUUGAAGAUGGCCACUUAUUUUUCAUUACAUUUGCUCAGUCUGUGUGUUCUAUAAAGUCACCACAACAAAGGGACCUGGACAGUACACUAGAUACCUCCCUCAGUGACAAAUCUUUAUUGUCUGUGGUCCUUUCGCAAGUGAAGGAAUUCAGCAGGCUGUUCUCAUGUUCUAAGGGGAACAUCUUCUUCACAGCCAUUCCUUGUGAGGACGUUCUCUAGAGUGUUUACCGGCAGCGUUUCAAUUAGUCAAGAAAUAUGUUGCUGUGAUGAAGCAGGUUGAAUUUAGAAAAUGUCUAUUUCUAAGUAUUCUGAUUGAAUGAUUUUAACAACUAAGAAGUAACAACCAAUGUUAGGAAUUGAACAUUUUAUAGUAGGAGAUAACAAUGAUACUUUUUUUAAAUAACAAACGGUUUCUUGAAAAAAUGUUAUGAAGAAUCAAAGGGAAAUUAUGCUUUAUUUACAUUUUGCUGUUGAGCACUUUUGAGUGGGAUGGAUUGUCAAGGCACAUUGGAACCCAUCCUAACCUCAAAAAGUGCAUCAACUAAACAAAGCAUGUUUUUCCUUUGAAGUUUUCAUAAGAAAAAGAACCGUGUACGUCUUUUUGACUAUGUUAUUGCAGUAAGAUCUGCCUACAACAGCAAAUUGAUUUUUAAAGAGGUGUUCUACCAAAAGCUUUCUGCACCAUAAGAGCCAAUAUUAAGAAUGUGUUUGCAGGCUACUCUGAGAAUAAUGAUAGCAGUUCUAAGUAUAAGUUAUACAAAUAUUUUAAAUAUCAAUUCACAACAUGUUUAUCUAGGUUUCUUAGUGAUAAAUAUAAAACAAUAUUCUCUCAAUUUAUAAAUGCCAUUUGAAAAUGUUAUAUUUAUGACAUUUUGAAAUUCUGAGAACUAAGGCUCUUAUUACACAAGGCCACCAGGCUGCACCACUGUGUUUAGAUCAGUCUGCUGUUGACAAUUGAUGCAAACUCGGGACAAACACUUUCUUCUGCUUUUACUUUUGAUGGAGACAAGAAUGCAAUUGAAUAGAAGGAUCUAUGUGUGUCAUUUUCUGUCUAUAAGGGCAUUCAAAAGGCUUAACUUUAAGCAGACAUUUUCGGGUACCGUAUUUGUAAAUUUAGAUAAGUAAUACGAAUAUUUGGAGAAUGUGCCUAAAAAUAUUUUCAUCUCUAUCUAUGACCAUUCAAUAAAGCAUUAUUCUAUUCUAUUCUUGAGACUACGAUAUGCUCUUGUUAACAGUUCCGUUCCAAGAACUUCACUUCGCUUAUUGCAGUAACUCUUGGAACUAUACUGUCACCGGAGGCUUUGCUGCCUGACGGCCUUGUGUAAUAAGGGUCUAAGAAACUUAGACUUGGAUGUGAGAGGAAUAUGUCACUGUUUAGAAUGCAAAUUUAAAUUAAUUAUUUGAGCCGUUAAAAUUAAUUGUGUACAAACAACUCUAAUGGUUAGGCUGACUGCCUCCUUAAUCAUCAGCAUUUUUUAAGUGUAAAAUCUGUAUUGUGAAUGGGUAUUUCAAGUGAAAAGAAAGAUAAGUUUUACUGUUCAAUGCAUUUUAUAUGGACUCACAAAAACCAUUUUAUAUUACUUCACCGAUUGAUUAACGUGACAAUCUAAUCAUCAAGUUUACAUAAUGUUGUAUUUCAACUAAAUGUAUUAACAUGAGUUUUCUCUUCCCUAGUUCAAUUAUCAAAAGCAAGUCUACAUGGAACAUUUUGCCAAUAAGAAAUUAGGUUUGAAAAAUAGGGCAACAAAUAAAAUCAAAAUUAUAAUAGAAUGUCUGUCGUUCAUAUUACAUUAUGGAAGCUAAAGACAUUCAGUGUAAUCUUGUAUGGAUUGACUAAAUUAAAAGUUUUGACUAAUUAAAUGUUUCUAAAAUUUUACUAAGAAUAUUCUUGUUUGACAGUAAAAGACAUGAAUGAACUUUGUGUGAUGGGCACUAUGUUGAAAUAUCUGAUUACAAAUCCAUGUUUAGUGCUUUUGUGUAACUAAAUUUAAAUAUAUGCCCAUAGGUUUUUGGGUUCACAUACAGUAAAAAACCUGUCUUUUUAUGUUUUUUACCUGAUUCUAACAUGUGAUGUCUUAACUUUUAACGUAUGCUAUUUGUAACAUGUUCAAAUUAUUCACUAGAAUGUCGUUUUCCACAAAGUUGCCCUUUUGUAAAUUUUCUAAAUAAAUAUGUAUAUCUGUAUGUAUAUAAGGAAAAUUAAUAUGUAAAAUAUCAUUGUUGUAAUGAGUUUAAACAAUGUGGGAACCCUCCAUGUGCCAGGUGACAGGUGUGCAGUAGGCCGACUAGAAUGGUGCAGAAGCGUCACCUAUAAAUCGCUUUUGAGUACUUAAAUAUCAGUAAAAAAAUAUUUAACGAAAGUUAAAUGAAACCGGGUAUAAUGUAUUGGAUUUUUAAUGUUUUAAUCUAACUUCAUUAACCUUUUUUCCAAAGUUUUUCCUUCCUUUUUAUAAUGUUUUAUAAUUAUUUUUUCCCCUCUAUGUAAAUAAAGGUCUAACCAAUGCAAAUCGUCUAUAAACAGCCUAUAUUUUUUAGCUAUUAUUAAGAUAAUUUGGUAAUUUCACGUUUUUAUUUAUGUUCUUUAUUUUAACUUAACCAAACAUGGAUUGUUAAAAUAUAGAUAUUUGUAAAAUAUUGCAUUUUGGUUGAAUAGUUUGAUGACACAGCUUAGACCUAAGGUUUGAUAAUGCACUGAUAUUUGGAAAUAAGUUUUAUGUACGUUUUCUAAUUAGUAAUUAGUAACGAAAUUAUUAUUGUUUGUACAUAGAAGAUGGAGAUUACCCUUCACAGACAAUUGUGAUAUGUGUUCAAAAUUGUAUAAUUUUUAAGUAACUGUAAAUAUAUAUUUAUUUAGGCUUAUAUUGAUGAAUUCCAUUUAUCAUUCUUUACUUUUAAUAACUUGACUGUGUGUAUCUAUUACAUUUCACUUGUCUUUGUACUUUUUGUAAAUAGUUUUCUCAUUCCCUAUUACAUUAUUGUAUAUUGCAAGAGCCUUGCAUUUUUAGUGUUUGUGUAGAACUAGAGUUUAUAUAUUUUAGUGCCUCAAUUGUUGUUCCUUGUUAAUGUAUAUAGUUUUAAAUUUUAAGAAUUAUUUUUAGUAAAUUAAGUUUAUAUUUUAUAAGUAAAAUGUUGUGGAAGUUGUUUUUCUCAUUGUACACUAAAUGAAUAUUUUUUUAAACACAGAUCUAAUGAUUACUGAUCGUUAAAAUUUUAAAAAAUCAGUUUUGAAAUAUGUGGUUAUCCAUUUUUAAUAAUGUUUUGCUCUAUCAUAUUCCGGGUUUCCAACCCAUCUAUUUUUAAUAACAUUUCUAUUGUAAACCUAAAGGUCAGGUUUAUACCUACUUGCAGUUGGUUUAGUUUCAGGGAUUAUAUAACCCCAUAUCAUGUUUGGUUCAAAACUCAACUUGUCAAGUAUGCAGAGAUGUUUGUACACAAAACAUGUUAGAAGUAAGCAGAGGAUGUAUAAAGCAAAAAGCAAUGCUGAUAAAGUAAUAAUUUGUUGUGAGAAGAUUUGUAUGCAAAGUAUUUAUUGUUUCUCAAGGUUUGUCAAAGUUUUGUCCACAAUAUUAUGAUACACGUUUAUAUAGUGACUGUAACUGUACGUUUUGGUAUAAAAUUGAAUUUUUAGCCAUCAAUAAACUUUUACUCGUUUUAGUUGUACCUUAAAUAUUACCUAAUUCUUGCUUUGCAUUAUUUGAUAUUUUAACUCUUUUGAGAAGAGCGAUUAUAAGGUUGAACAUUUUAAGUGUGACCAAAUACCUUGGGAAAUAAAUAGAAAUCUUCACUGGUUUUAUAAUAAUAAAUCGUGACUGGUUUCCUUUAACAGGAAUUUUUAUGGUUUUUGUCUGUGUUUUUAAUAAAUUUUAAAUUACUGAUCUUAGAAGGAAUAGCUUAUUAUGAAACUUUUAAGAGUUGAAUUGUAUUGAAUGUAGAUUUCUGUUUUAUGUUAAAAGUAACUUUUUAUCCAUUGUGUAAUGUGUGAUUCACAAUUUUAUGUAAUUUAUAAUCACAGAAUGGAGCAUCUAUUUUAAGAAGACUGAAAGUACAAAAACUGAAGUACUUACAGAUCCAGAUAAGUAUUUUUGUACAAGAUUAUAUUAUUAAUGUUUAAUAAAAGUUUAGUAAUUUA